AUGGCCGCACGGAAUACACCACAUGACGACUCAUCGUCAAACGCGUCGAACGAUAGUGUAGUCCUUGAAAGAGUUGAGCUUCUAUUCACUCGGAUCCUCAUUGAUAGCCAUGGAGACGCCAAUGCGAAAGACGAGGAUGGCACGACUCUUCUACAACAUGCAUCAUAUAGGGGCGACUACGAACUCGUAAAACUUCUCUGUGAGAAAGGUGCAGAUAUUGACGCGAGAGGCGACAUGGGCAUUACAGCAUUGCAUGAAGCGUCACUCUUUGGGUUUGACACGAUCGUACAAUUUCUGCUGGAUCAAGGCGCACAAGUCGACGUGCAGAAUGAUGAUGGCGAUACAGCGCUACACCUGGCAUCGGCAGCAGGCAACAUGGCGAUCGUGGAGCGACUAAUUGAGAAGGGGGCAGACGUGAACGGACGAGGUCAGUUCGGUCGUGUUCCCUUGUGGUAUGCACGACGAGAGGGACGCGAUUGGGUUGCGAGGCUAUUGCUGGAGAAAGGAGCAGACGUGCACGCACAAGAUCAAUAUACCGUAGCAUCUUGA